AUGAUACGCGAUCGUUCAAGUGAAUUUCGGCGAAAAGUUGUCGCAAAUGCAGAAGAUGUACUCAGCGAUCGUAAAGUUAAUGGUACUCCUGAACCGAUUCUACCAUCAAAUUUAUUUUUUGUUGAAGUUGACGAAGUGCGAAAAUUGAUCAUUAAUCUUGCGAAUGAUGUUGCGGAAUUAGAGGUCGAACAAUCAAAUAUUUUAGCAAAAACAAUGAUCGAAGAAUCUCAAAAGGCUGAUUUAGAAAAAGAUAAAAAAAAUAUAAAAUAUUGUCAUGCGGAGGAUAUUGACUUGCGAAUGCGAAAGCAUCAUAUAGAAGUACUUGUAAAAAAGCUUUAUGAUGUUCUAGAAAAUUUCGCUGCCGCACAAGAAGAUUAUCGAAAACGUGCCACAAAACGAAUUAAACGACAAUUAGAACUGGCUGGCGAACAGUUAACUGAUACCGAAAUUAACGAACUUUUUGAUUCAAAUAUUACUCAAAUAUAUAAUCGGGAUUUAACUACGGUUGCCAUGAGGUCAGUAAUGGAUGACGCUAGUUCAAGGCAAAAGGAAAUCCUCAAACUCGAGGAAAGCAUCUCAGAAUUAAAUGAUUUAUACAAUGAUAUGGCAAUACUUUUGCAGCAACAGGGUGAAUUGGUUGAAAAUAUUGAUAGAAAUGUUGAAGAAGCAACAUAUUAUUUGCAUGAAGGAAAUCAACAAGCCCGCAUCGCUAUUUCUUAUAAAAAAGGUGCUAUAAGGAAGAAAAUAUUUAUCAUAAUCGUUAUCACCGUUAUUUUAGUGAUUAUUAUCAUUGCUUUAUUGAUUUAUUUUUUAAUUCGCAAAAAUUAA